AUGUUUCAAAAUAAAAUAGAGUAAUCAAAAACAGCAUUCUUUUGGGAUGUAUAGAAAUGAUUUCAAAUUUAGAUUCUAUUAGGCACUUACUCACCAUAAUUACCCCAUCCCUAAUUUAAUGAAAUAAAUAAAACAUCAGUUGACUAACCACAAUAUCGAACUUUGAAAAUGGAUAUUCCACGGACUCGUUCUCAAUUACUAUAACCUCAAAUGCAUAGCAUUCUAGAAAAAAUAAUUGUUUACUUUUGUUAAUAGGAGAAUGUUAGUUAUAAAUAAGGAAUGAAUGAAAUAUUUGCAGUUGUUGCAGUCUUUAAUGAAAGUGGACUUUCAUGGGAAAAAGUAUAUGAAUAUGCUCGUAAAAUCAUACUUGAUAAUAACUUCUUUAAAGAUGAAGAGUUUUUAUCAUUAUAAGUAGCUUUCUAAUGGAUAAAUUUGCUUCUUAAAUUUCACGAUUAUUAAUUGUAUGAUUAUUUGGAUAAAAAUUUACUCUCCCCAGAAUUAUAUGCUACACCAUGGUUACUUACAUUGUUUGCAAAUAAAAUGUCUUUAGAAUGCACCUAUCUUCUUUGGGAAAUGCUAUAUAUCAAAAAGGAUUAAUUAAUGAUUUACUUUUUUGUUGUUGCAGUUCUCAUUUAUUUUAGAUAAAAGUUAUUAUCAAUUGAUUCAUCACUUUUACCAUAAACUUUAAGCGGCAUAUAUAUAGAUAAUGUUGAAAUAGUCAAAAAUAUAUAUAAAAAGUAAGCAUUAUUUUUAUAAAUAGAGCAGUUGAUUUGAAACUUAAUACACCUUAAUCUGCUUGUAUUCCCCAAAAAAUAUUUGAUUUACCAAAAGAAGAAUUAAAAAUUUUAAUGGAUUACUAUGAAUAACUUCAUUGUUUGACUAUUCAUUACACAGAGUCUUUAAAAUUAGAACCUAAUUAUUGUAAAUUAUGCUCUAACAAUGGAUGUGUUUAAUGUAGAAUAAUAAGAAUGCCUCCUGAAAUGAAAUGUUUUAUCUAUUCUAAUAAACAUUUACAAGAAUUAGUUCAAUAUGUUGGAGGACCAAUUAAGUAGUACAAACUUGUAGAUAAAGUUUAAAAUGAAUUAAAUUCGAUUCAAAUAGUUAAAUAUUCUAAAUUGUAAUAGGAAUAGCAGAUUUCAAAAAGUUAUAUCUGUUUUUAACAAUAAUAAUAAUCAUCUUAUUAGAAUACAGAAGAAGAUACGAUAAGUACUAGGUCUUAUAAUAGUUUUUAUAACUCUUAAAUUAUAGUUCCUUUUAAGUUCAAUAAACUACAAUUACAAUAAUAGUUAUAAAAACAACCUGAUGAUUAAUUUGAUUCUAUUAGAUCUUAAGAACCAUAAAAUAUAUAGUAAUCAAUUUCAUAUAGAUAAUCAUCUAUAAUUGAAUCCAAUAUAUUGCAAAAUAUACAUUUAAAUAAUGCUUCUCCAAUUGAGAUAUAGCCACUAAUUCUUAAGAAGGAUUCGAGAACAAAUUCUUUAAAAUAAGAUCCAAUUAAGAGAUACGAAAAUAAAGGUUUAUUUAAAAAAAUGAUAGUGGAAAUAAAUUAGUUUAACAAUUUAAAGUUUAACAUUUUUAGAUGUAAACUGAUUGGUACUUAAAAACAACGAAUAUUGAUUUUGAAUCCAGGAUUCAUAUGUUUAGUUAAGGAUGAUAAAUAGGUAUAUUCUAAGUUAUAAGGAAUCUAAUAAAUGAAAUCAAAAAUAUCAUAGAAGACAGAAUAAUAAAUUUAGGUUAUUUCGAUUUAAUAUCUAUAUUACAUGGUAUUUUUGAAAAGAAUUAGUAGUAAACGCUAAAAUAGUAAUGUUAUCUCAUUUUAUUUUAAAUAACCUAUAGUUAAUGUAAGAAAUUGUUGAUAUCAUAGUCAUAAUAAAAUUUUAACCAUUAUUUUUUUAAUUUGUUUAAAGAAUUUCAUAUGACGGUAGAUGAUGAUUAUAUAAAUGAUGCAAAGAAAUUGAUAAAAACAGAAUAUAAAAUAACUUUAGAGAUGAUAACAACAUAAGAAGCCUAAAACUGUAUAGAAAUGGGUAAAUAAUAUUACAAGCAAUGCUAAUUUUGA